AUGAAGGGUGCGAUUCUGGCCACCACCGUGGCCUUGAUGGGCUCUGCCCUGGCCACGGAAAACGUGCACCGUCGCCACGACGCUCUGCACAACCGCCGUGCGGUUGCCUACACCCCGUCGAGCGGCUCGAUCGUGCCCUCCAGCUCCGCUCCGGCUUCGUCGUCGACCCCUCUGUUCUCGACUCCCUACAACCCUGGCGGUCCUGCUGAGGAGACCUGCGGCUGUGUCACGAAGACCAUCACCUACCUUGGCUCGCCCACUCUGGCUCCCGUUCCGGAGACCAGCACCGUCAAGCUCACCACCACCAUCCAGUCGACUGCGUACAGCACCUACACCGUGACUGUCUCGCCCUCGUCGACUAUGGCCCCGAGCCCCGUGGUCACUCUGCCCACUCCCCAAGUGACGACUUUCCCCUCGACCGGUACCUACACCAUCCCGGCCACCACCGUCGUGGUGACUGACACCACCACCGUCUGCGGUGCUACCUCGACCUCCGUCCCCAGCGGUACCCACACCAUUGGCGGCACCACCACCGUGGUCACCACCGAGACCACCAUCACCUGCCCCUAUGCCACCGUCAAGCCCUCUGGCAGCACUGUGACCAGCGUCGUUGAGCUGACCACCUACACUUGCCCGGUUGCUGGUACCUACACCGUGGUUCCCGCGACUACCACUGUUGUGUCCAGCCCCACCGUCCUUGUGUGGCCGACUCCCCAGACUAUCACCCCGGGUACCUUCACCCAGCCCGAGCAGACCGUUACCGUGGUCGAGACUGACUACACCUAUGUCUGCCCCUUCGCUACCUCUGGUUCCUCGACCUCGACCGCCCUGCCUACUAGCGUCGCAGCUGUGUCCACCACUGCUCCCGCUCCCCAGCCCACCAGUGGCUCCGGCGCUCUGACCGGCAAUGGCCAGUACGGCAUGACCUACUCGCCUUACACCGAGUCCGGUAUGUGCAAGACCAAGGACGAGGUCUUCCAGGACAUCAAGACCAUCCAGGACAAGGGCUUCAACCUCAUCCGCAUCUACUCCACUGACUGCUCUGGUCUGAUGUUCGUUGGUGAGGCUGCUCGUCAGUACGGCAUGAACAUGAUCCUGGGUGUCUACAUCGACAACACUGGCACCUCCGGUGCUCAGGAGCAGGUCUCGGCCAUCGCCACCUGGGCCGAGUGGGACCUCGUUGAGCUGAUCGUCGUCGGUAACGAGGCUGUCCAGAGCGGCUACGCCACCGCCUCGGAGCUGGCUAGCUUCAUUGAGUCCUCCACCGCCGUCUUCCGUGCCGCUGGCUGGACCAAGGAUGUGACCACCACUGAGCCCGUCGAUGUGUGGCAGCAGUACGGUGCCUCCACCCUGUGCGGUGCCGUCGACAUUGUUGGUGCCAACAUCCACCCCUUCUUCAACUCGGAGACCACCGCCGAGCAGGCCGGUGAGUUUGCCCUGAGCGAGUACAAGCUCCUCCAGAGCAUCUGCCCUGGCAAGGACGUCCUGAACCUGGAGACCGGCUGGCCCAACGGCGGUGAUGCCAACGGUGCCGCCGUCCCCGGCCCGUCUGAGCAGAACAUCGCCAUCCACCAGAUCGCCAAGUACAUCGGCUCCAAGUCGAUCUUCUUCUCCUUCUCCAAUGAUCAGUGGAAGUCUCCCGGUGCCUUCAGCGUUGAGCAGCACUGGGGCUGCGCCGAUGUCUUCCAGUAA